CAAAUUAGAUCUCAUGCACCAUUCAAUAACUCAGAUCCUCUAAUAUUGCAGAGCAAAGAAAGAUUACUAUCUACUAGCUAGCUUACUCAACAGCCAAACAUGACGAUUACAGAGAUGAGAGUCCACAUGGACUGUGCUGGAUGUGAGAGCAAGAUCAGGAAGGCACUAAAGAAACUAGAAGGAGUGGAUGAUGUGGACGUGGAUAUGGGCAUGCAGAAGGUGACUGUCACAGGAUGGGCAGAGCAGAAGAAGGUGUUGAGGACGGUGAGGAAGACAGGAAGGAGGGCAGAGCUGUGGGUCUUUCCGUACAACCCGGAGUAUGAGGGCUACACCCAACACUACUAUCAACAGCAUAAUCAACAUCAGGGCAGCCACCCGCUCACCUACUAUAUCCCUCAGCCUUCCUCAUCUUACAACUAUUACAAGCAUGGCUACGAUGGCCCUUCUCAUGGUUACUACCACCAUCCUUCUCACUCUACCAUCUUUGAUGAACGCGCUGGUGCCAUGUUCAGUGAUGAAAACCCUAAUGCUUGCUCUAUCAUGUAACCUACCUUGAAACAAGGCCUUUUAUUAGAUUAUGCCAUAGAUUUUCAUUGUAUAUAAGUGGGCCCAACUUUUCAGGGCUCCUUUUUUCUUUUUGGUUUGGGAAUAUUUGCUAAUUUUUUGGGACUUUUAUGUUGAUUGUUACAAUCAUUUUUAUGUGAUUGACAUUGGAAAAUAGUGGGUAUGUAAAAUAUAUGAUCCUUUUAUGGAAAAAUAUAUUGAUA